CUUAAUAUUGUUUUUCAUUUAACCAAAGUUACUAAACCAUAGGAGGCAUGAGUUUAAACAAAGCCUUAACAGGACUUCAUAGUCGCAUUGUCCUACACCAGCUAUUGAGUCGCAGUAAGAAAAUCCCCUGCGCGUACUUCUGUUUGCUCAAGCGGAAAGAGUAUGACGUCAUGGCGUCGUCACAAUCUAUGAAACAAAAUCACGUCCGAUAUUUAUCCACGCUUGAGUUCAUUCGGAACAAAGUGACGUCAUUCGAAGGCCCGAAGUCGGAGGAUGGGCAGAGAAAAGGAGGUAGUAGCGGGAGGUGGGGAGUGAGCACGGAAUGGAAACUUAUUUCUUCUUUCGCGUUGGGUGUAUUUUCGUGGCUGAUGACGUCAUACUUUGAUAGGCAACAUGCAAGAAAAGAAGUUCAGCUGGAAUUAAUUAAUAGACAGAUACGCGACUUGUACGGGCCGUUGUACGGCAAUCGACUUGUGCAAGAAACUACUUACAGAGCAGUGGUUGGCGAACAUGCUGGACUUCAGAAUUACUUGAAAAAAGCUGAAGAAGCUAAAGAUGCAGACAUGAUUCGACGAUGGAGGUCUUUCGUGUGGAAUGUUAUGUACCCCAUGGAUAAGCAGGCGGAAGAAUUAAUCUGUAAAAACGCUCACUUGAUCGUAAACAGUGAAUUCCCUGAGGAGUUCGAACAAUUCUUGACUCAUCUUGCUCAACUACAGUUUGUUAUGGAGCAUUGGAAAAACGAGAAUGGUAAACUGGAAUCGGUCGAGGAAUUUACGCCGGACGAUUUUUUGAUAAGAAACAACGCACCGGGGGAAAGAGGGUUGAAAGAAAUGCUUACACAUGUUGAACAGAAAUACAAAGAACUUCGUGCGAAACAAAAACAACUCAUCGUAGAAACGUCUGCAGACGAUCAGUCUGUAACGUCUUUGCUAUCUAAAACAUUUAAAAAAUAGUAUGGAAAAUUAUUUUACCUAAUUUGCAUUAUUGAGUAUUUCAUUUCCUUGUAUAAUAUGACAACAUAUGUUUAUUUUGUCCGGCGCCGUGGUGUAGUGGUUAGCGCGCCUGUCUGUAACCCAGAGGUAAUGGGUUCAAGGCUCGACGCUGCUACCAUUGUGGCCGUAUGUGUCCUUGGGCAAGACACUUAACGGCAAUUGCUCCAACCCACUGGUCACUAAUGGGUUGUCUAAAUUAUCAGCCAUACAUAAAAAAAUCCCAAUAACAAUAAUUACCCACAAAGUAACAUACAUGGUAAAGCUGGCACGAGGUGUUUAACCCGUGUGAUAACGACUGUCGUUUUCCGGCCACGCAAGGAUACAGUAAGUUACAUUCUUACAUUCUUCUUCAUAUUUAGUUAACACUGUGGCAAUGUCUUGCAAUAUUUGUAAACCAAGUUAUUAUACUGUUAUUCAAGUGAAAACUAUUUGUAUUUCAAGUUACUUUGAAUAAAUCUGUUGUUUGCUGCAA